CGUAACAACAGAAAUACAGUUUGUCGACGUGGUGGUUUGGAAAAGAACAGCCAUGGAUUCCUACUUAAAUUUGUUAUCAAAUGUCACAAUCUUGUGUACAGUAUCUAUGUUUGCCGCAGGAAUUCCUUCAUGUUUAUCCAUUUAUCGGACUGGAAGCACACAGAAUGUCCCUUACCUCCCCUUUUUGAUGACCUUAAUAAAUAACCUUCUGUGGUUCUAUUAUGGGAUAUUAAAAGUAGACUCCACUCUCCUGGUGGUGAAUGGCAUUGGUGGUUUUCUACAGGUUACCUAUAUGGUGGUGUAUUUGUAUUUUGCAGUUAGCAGAAUGAAGGAGAUGCAGCAGACAUUUUUAGGAAUAAUUUUCAUGCUUUCUGUGUAUUUUUUGCUACAAAACUACGUGGUUGAGCCCAAAAUGAUUGAAGAUCGCCUUGGACUGACUGCAAGCACGAUAACUGUACUUAUGUAUGCAUCUCCACUCGCAGAAAUUGCUGAAGUUAUCAGAAGAAAGAACAGUGCUAGUAUAUCACUUGCUCUCACCAUCACAUCAUUAGCUACAUCUUCACUAUGGUUCCUCUACGGCCUGUUGCUAAGAGACCUUUACAUUCAAGUUCCAAAUUUGCUAGGCAUACCAAGCUGCCUAUUGAGGUUGUUUUUGCUUUGCAAGUACCAAGGUUCCACUAACCAAUACCAAACCUAUCAGGCAUAACAUCAUCCAUCAUCCGUUUGAUGCUUCUAUAUGUGUAUCCAAAAAUCCAGGUGUUAGUAGAUUCCAAAGAAAAGGGCGUAUAGGUUACUGGAUCGCCAAGAAAUGAUGAAACAAGACAUAGAUGACAAUUCUUAAGCUCACUCCACACUACCAAAUUUUAUGUUGUAUGCCCAUAUAUAGUAGUGAUGUGCCUAUAUAUGGACAUGAUCUGAUCAUCGUGACCAUAAUUAGGAAUGUAUACUUGAUUGCCUAUGUAUGGAAGAGUUUAAUGAUCUAAUGGGGCAUUUAUAAAUCUGGAACAAGGUGUUUAUGUGAUAAACGCCUGAAUUUCUUUAAUGUCUUGAAGACUGUAUAAUUUUUUUUUUUAAAGUUAUGUGUACUACAAGUUCGUUUGGCAUGGGUUUAUGUUUACUUUACUUUUACUUUGUGGUUUCUAUCAAAGAGUUGUGAUUGGAGACCAAGGCUGUCACAACUUGUGUCCUUAGCAGGGGUCCCAAGUGUGAAUAAGU